AUGCCUCGACGUUCGUGGGCGCGCAGGAUGUGGGGCACGCUCACGCUCUGCUGCGCAGGGCGUGCCCCCGACGGCCGCGGAGCCGUCCCCUCGGCCGGCGAAUCCUUUCCCCCCUGCGACGGCGAAAACAAUCGCUCGUCGCCUGCGAGCCGUGUUCCCCGUGACGGAGCGAACGAAGACACCCGUCCGAAGCAGCAGUCGCGAUUGGUCGCCUGUCAUGCCGAUGCCGAGAUCCUCAGGGUGACCGCGAACGAGGACCCCGAGCCCCCCACUCAUCAGGCUCCCGGGCCAACGCUGUGGACGGCGGUGACCUUCAUCUGCGCGAGCGCACCCAUCAUCCUCACGGACCUAUCGCUGGGGCCGGCGCUGGGGGCCAGAUUUGCGCGCAGCCCUGCGCAAGAAGCAACCCGUCGAUUGCCAGGCGUGGAGCUCCGCGAUUCCUCGCGCGUGGCGAUGCUUCCGCGCACCGACGGCGCCGCGGUCGAUCCUGCCAAGGCGCCGCUCGACCAGAACGUCAACAUGAGCCUCGAAGACUGGAGGGACGCCGGAGACGCUACGACGUGCUCCACCGUUCUCUCCGGCGACAUCCUGGUGUCCGCGGAGGCUCGCUCGUCCGCCUCGCGGUACAACAUUUCGUACCGGCGGAUCCGCGACGCCGCUCUGGCUGCCCUGCGCGACACCGGUGCCCUCAGCGGCCCUCUGGUGUGCGCGGUUGUCGCGGCGCUGCGAAGGAGCCGGGCGUUCUGGGACCUCGAGACGCGCUGCGGCCUGCGCGGCAUCCAGCGCGUGAUGCUCCAGUGCAUCCCGGAUCGCCUCCUCCUGCCCCUGCAAGUCGUGGAGCGGGACACGUUUGUUGUUCCGCUGAUCGGCCAGACGAGAGUGACGCUCGUCCCGCCCGUGUACGCCCUUCAGGGCCUCUACCCCUACCCGAUCCAGCACCCGUACGACGGCUACAGCAUGGUCGACUGGGAGCGGCCGGACUACGGGCAGUGGCCCAAGGCAGCCAACGUGAGCGGCACGCACGCGCUGCUGUCGCCGGGGGAGGUCCUGUACGUGCCGCCGGGGUGGUUCCUCGCGCUCGAGACCGAGCGCGACCGCGCGGUCCUCCUGCACGUCAAGACGGCGGAGGGCACGGAGACGCCGCUGCCGUACGUGCCGCUGGGGGUGCAGCAGCACGGCGCCCCCUACAAGGACGCGCACAUCGCGCGCCUUGCGCGGACGCUCGAGCAGUGGAUCGUCGAACAGGGGCCGGAUGUGGAGCGCUCCGUGAAGAUCCUCCUCGACACCGCGAGCGCCUUGACGCUGGCGCCCUACGCGUCCCACUGUGCAGCUUCGGGGGGGGUCACGACCCCGCGCGUGUCCGACGGCGCCGGCAGCGAGGAGCAGUACGUCGGUCUGCUGGUGCACGCCAAGUGGGCGCUUCAGGAGUGCAGCUGGCCGCUCACGCUCCGCGAGUUCGUGGUUUGCAUUGCGGAGAAACGACUCGUCGAGUCAGUGCACUGGACGAGCGAUCUGACCGGCUGGGGCCUGGAUUCGGCGAGGUCCGAGGAAGGGCAGUCGUCCGGGUUGCACGCCGAGCGCAGUCUCAGGACACUAUCUGGCGACGCCAUGUCGUAUCAGUGCAGCUCGGGACUCACGGCCACCGAGGGCUCCGCGAUGACGGCUGUCUCGAACGGGGCUUUCAUGCAGGUGGGGCAACUCGCACGCAUCGAGCCCCUUCCUUGA